AUGGACGGGCGGGACCACUUCUCGACCGUGCUGCAACGGCCGCCUCACUUUGACGAGGACUGCAGUAAUGGCAAUGGCGGCGGCAGUGCAAACGAAGAUCGCGGACCGCGUGGAGGGCUGCGCGACAUCUUGAAUCCAGUGAGCUCUGCCUCGCAGCCAGCGUCAGCUCUUGGGCCGCCAGGAACCCCCGGAGCACCCGCGCCUCCACGGCCGCACUCGUCCUUCAGUCUAAGAUCACCAACACAAGGUGACUUUCACACCCCGAACCCCUACUCUACCUCGCCUGGCAGCCAUCCCUCGGGCUCUCGUUCCAUCCUCAGCAAUCCCGUGGCAGGAGCCUCGAUUUCGGCAGCCUCCUUCCCACCACCACCACCGCCGCCUCCACCACUGUCGGCAUCGCUGCAGGCACCGCCGGCCAUUGCAUCGCCAUUGACGACACAACAACACCCGUCGCCCGUAUCGCCGCUGCACGCGCCGCACGUGUACUACUCGUCCGAGAUUCGAGAUCGUGAUCGAGACAGAGGCAGAGACAGAGACAAUCGCGACCCGGUUCUCGAAAAGUCGGCGGGCAGCAGCUUCUACGACCCGACGGCGGAUUCAACAAAGAAAGAGCGCGAGCGCAGGGUUUCGGACACGGGCUCCUCCUCCUGGCGCAACGCGACGCAGAGCUCGACACCAAAGGUAAGUAAGCUUUGGGCCCCCUCCCCAAAAUACCAAAACCAUUCCAUUCCUAGACACGGCCAAGCAUCAUCGAAGAGCAAAGUGCAAUUUGCCCGCCCUGUUGCCUUUUUGCUCUCCCUAAUAUUAUAUCAUCGCGUCUCCCCCCCAAUCGCUGCAUCAACACUUGACAAUUUUUCCCGCCCUGGCCGGCGACUCCCUCUUCACCUCAGCAUUCACCACCCAACCAAGCCCUAUCAGCCCGCGCCUGCUCGCGACUCGUACAAUUAUUCCCAAUCAUCCGACUAUUACACCGCGAACAACAUCGCCACAUCCUCCGCCAGCAACCACCAGGGCGGCAUCAUCAACGGCGCCAGCUACGCAUCCCAUGCGACUUCAUCCCUCUCACGAAGUCCCGUCUCUCAGUACCAUCCUGCUCCCACUGCAGGAUCCAUCAGUCCAUCAGCACCUGCAUCGGCUCGACUUGGUGCCAUUUCAUCGCCCAGUCUGAGGCACAGCCAGAUGCCCCCUUCCACCAUCAACGGGACCACUCCAACUGCGUUGCCUGUCCUCGCACGGAGCGGGUCCCCAACCCCAUCAUCAUCUAAGGGCCAGGGCGUCUCAGGUGUAGGUUGGGACCGUUUGCUCCAUCAAAUAAGAUUCAGCCUCAGGCUAACAAUUUACCCACCGCCAAUACAGACUCCAAGUCGUGCCGCAGGUGUCAUGUCCUUUUCCAACAUCCUCUCCGAACCUGUCUCGCGACCCAGAGCGACCUCGCCAUCUACAACCGACGAUACCCCCAUCCGAGUGGAAAGAGCCGGAACCGUCGACAAGGCUGACCGCGAGAAAAAGCCAAGAAAGACCAUCAAGUCGCGUGUUUCCGAAAUGAAGGGUGUCGAGUCGACGCCCAAGGCGUCCAGAAAGACCGCCUCCAAACCCGAGACCCCGGCUUCCGGUCCACGACUUCCAGCGAAACGAUCGGCCAACGGGCUUACGAAGCAAAAGUCCUUCUCUGCCGACAAAGAAAGGAAGAUUCAAGAGGAAAUGCAGCAGCUCGACUCUUGGGACCCACCAGAACACAAAUGGGAAGAUGAAUUUGAAGAGUAUCAACGACGGAGCAAGCGCCGCCGACUGGAGCUGGCCCAGUUGGACCUCAGCCACAAGCAGGCGCGCAGAGAUGACUUGGCCCAGUCACAAGGUUUCAAGCUCAAGUUGCAUGCCGAUCUUGGGAAACGGCGAUUCGAUGACCUUCACUACGACGAAGCAUUGCAAGAGGUGCGACAGCGAGAAGUCCAGUUGGAGAAGGAGCGGAAGAAGGACAUGCAGCGAAAGAGGCGUCGGGAGAAGUCCAUGGCUCUUACCCUCGAGCUCAAGAAUUCUGCUCUCAAGCGGGCCACCAUUGCCCAGAGCGAGGCAGAGCGCCUGCGGUACAUGAAGGAAGCGGAACGAGCCGAGAAGAAAGUUCAGCAGACCAAAUACAUCUUGCAGAAUGGCCUCAAAGGUCCUCCCCGCAGUUCGAGCGCUCUCGAGCCCAAUCUCGAGGGCGGUACCAUGGCGACUUUCCAGGCCGAAAACAUGGAACCUGGCAAGGCCAAGGGCAAGGGUCGCGCCGGUGGUCGACUCAAGAAGUCCAAGGAGCAGAAGCAGGCAGAGAAGGACAGUGCCGAAGCUGCCCAGGCCGCUCUCGAUGCCGGGAAGGAGCUUCCCACCAAGGAGGAGACGAGCAAGAUUCGACUCAAGAUCACCAAACAGCCCGCCACCGAUUCCGAGAAGGACAAGGAAACCAAGGAGCCCAAGGACUCCAAGAAGGAAAAGGUGGUCGAGGAGCCAAAGGAUCUGUUGGAGAUGCGGUUCCAGUCCAAGGGCUUUAACCAGAUCUACGACCAGAUCUGGCGUGACCUUGCCCGGAAGGAUGUCAACAAGGUCUACAGGCUCGCCACCGACUCAUAUUCCACCAAGGCAUCCAACCUCAAGAAGACCGCCAUUUUGGCGUCCAAGGAAGCAAAGCGAUGGCAGCUCCGCACCAACAAGGGUACCAAAGACCUUCAAGCUCGUGCCAAGCGUGUCAUGAGAGACAUGAUGGGCUUCUGGAAACGGAACGAACGCGAGGAGCGCGACCUCCGCAAGGCCGCCGAGAAACAGGAGCUCGAGAACGCGAAGAAGGAGGAAGCCGACCGUGAAGCGGCUCGUCAAAAGAGGAAGCUCAACUUCCUGAUCUCGCAGACCGAAAUCUACUCUCACUUCAUUGGCAAGAAGAUCAAGACAAACGAGGUGGAGCGCAGCACGGACCGACCCGAGAUUGCUGAUGCGGACCAAAACCAAAUCCCCGAAACGUCUCUUGAUAUCGAGGAGCCUACUGGUCCGGUUGGCUCCAAGGUUACCAACUUUGAAAAUCUUGAUUUCGACGAGGCCGAUGAAUCGACCCUCAAGGCUGCGGCCAUGGCCAAUGCGCAGAACGCCAUUGAGGAAGCGCAAAAGAAGGCGCGGGACUUCAACAAGGACGCCAACCUGGACGAGGAUGGAGAGAUGAACUUCCAGAACCCCACUGGUAUGGGCGAUGUGGAGAUUGACCAGCCGAAGCUGCUCAACUGCCAGCUGAAGGAAUAUCAGCUCAAGGGUCUCAAUUGGCUCGUCAAUCUGUACGAGCAAGGCAUCAACGGCAUCCUCGCCGACGAAAUGGGUCUGGGCAAGACUGUACAGUCCAUCUCUGUCAUGGCCUACCUCGCCGAGAAGUACGACAUUUGGGGUCCGUUCCUUGUCGUUGCGCCGGCUUCUACCCUGCACAACUGGCAACAGGAAAUCACCAAGUUCGUCCCAGAGUUCAAGGUGCUGCCAUAUUGGGGCACCGCUGCCGACCGCAAGGUGCUCCGAAAGUUCUGGGACCGAAAGCACACCACCUACAAGAAGGACGCUGCUUUCCACGUCAUGAUCACGUCGUACCAGCUUGUCGUGUCCGAUGUCGCCUAUUUCCAAAAGAUGAAGUGGCAGUAUAUGAUCCUCGACGAGGCCCAAGCCAUCAAGAGCUCUUCGAGCUCCCGUUGGAAGUGCUUGCUGAGUUUCCACUGCCGCAACCGACUUCUGUUGACCGGUACUCCUAUUCAGAACAACAUGCAGGAACUUUGGGCCCUCUUGCAUUUCAUCAUGCCGUCCUUGUUUGACUCCCACGACGAGUUCAGCGAAUGGUUCUCAAAGGACAUCGAAUCGCAUGCGCAGAGCAACACCAAGCUCAACCAGGACCAGCUGAAGCGUUUGCACAUGAUUCUCAAGCCAUUCAUGCUUCGUCGUGUCAAGAAGCAUGUCCAAAAGGAAUUGGGCGACAAGAUUGAACUCGACGUCUUUUGCGAUCUGACCUACCGCCAGCGUGCCUUGUAUUCGAGCCUUCGCAACCAGAUCAGCAUUCUUGACCUCAUUGAGAAGGCGACCAUGGGCGACGACGAUUCUUCUAGUUUGAUGAAUCUCGUCAUGCAGUUCCGAAAGGUCUGCAACCAUCCCGAUCUUUUCGAGAGGGCCGAUACCAAGUCGCCAUUCUCUUGCGGCUACUUUGCCGAGACGGCCUCUUUUGUCAGAGAGGGCACAAACGUAUCAGUUGGUUACUCUGUUCGCAGUUUGAUCGACUACGACUUGCCCCGCUUGGUGUGGCAAGAGGGCGGGCGCCUGGACAAGCCCGGGCCUGAUAACGCGGUUGCUGGUUUCCGGAGAAAGUACACUGGCGAGCUGUUGAACAUUUGGACACCGGAGAACAUUCGUGAUAGCGUCUCGAAUGCCGAUCACUUUUCAUGGCUGCGAUUUGCGGACGCUAGCCCGCAAGAAGCCUACCAGGCUAGUCAUCGAGGACUGUUCGAGCGAGCUGUGACGCUUUCAACAUCGAAGAACCGACUCGGGAACAUGAACGUCCUCUAUCGCGAUACGGAAGACGAGAACUGGACUCCGAUCCAUGCUCUGUUCCAGAUUCAGCAACGUACUGACCGCAAGCCUCUUGCUGAUAUCACUGAGCAAGGUGUCCUUCGCGACCUCAUGAAUGUGGCGCGCGCUAACUACGCUGAUAUCGGACUGGGACGACUUGAGCAAGCCGGCCGGCCCCGCGCAUCUGCACCGCCCAUCGAGGUUUCAUGCACCGGCCGCGGCUCGGUUGCGGAGCGUGAGAACAUCCUCUUCAACCCUCAGGUACGCAAGGCAUUGUACGGACCCACCCCCGUCGAAGAGAAGGCGCUCGUCACCGAAAAGAUCCCAAUCGAGCGAUACCCGCCUCCUGCACUCCUGCCGGCGCCAGAUAAGGAGAAGACCCGGUUUACCAACAUUGCGGUCCCCUCGAUGCGCCGCUUCAUUACGGAUUCGGGCAAGCUUGCCAAGCUCGACGAGCUCCUGCGGCAGCUGAAGGAGGGCGGUCAUCGUGUGCUGCUGUACUUCCAGAUGACGCGCAUGAUCGAUCUGAUGGAAGAGUAUUUGACCUACUGCAACUACAGGUACUGCCGCCUCGAUGGUUCAACCAAGCUGGAAGACAGAAGAGAUACCGUGUCGGACUUCCAAACCCGGCCCGAGAUCUUCAUCUUCUUGCUCUCUACCCGUGCCAUGGAUCGUGCUCAUCGUCUUGGUCAGACGAAGCAGGUCACCGUCUAUCGUCUCAUCACGCGCGGCACCAUCGAGGAGCGCAUCCGCAAGCGUGCCAUGCAGAAGGAAGAGGUGCAGCGCGUCGUCAUCACGGGCGGCUCGUCGGCGGGUGGCGCCGGUGUCGACUUCUCUGGACGUAGGGCGCCCGAGAACCGGAACCGCGACAUUGCCAUGUGGCUUGCGGAUGAUGAACAGGCCGAGAUGAUUGAACGCCGCGAGAAGGAAUUGCUCGAGAGCGGGGAGUACGACAAGAUUCAGAAGAAGCGUGGUGGCAAGCGGAAGCGGGCGGAUGCUCCAACCAGCCUGGAUGAGAUGUAUCACGAAGGCGAGGGCCAUUUUGAUGACAACAAGGGUUCCGGCACAGCCACACCAAACGCCGCCGGAGCCGACGCCGCCGAUGUCCGCCCUGGAAAACGCACCAAGCGUGCUCCCACCGGCAAGAAAGCCAAGACAACAAAGCAACGGUUGGCGAUUGCUGACGGCGAGAUCGAUAUUUGA